AUGGAAGAAGGUGCUCAUACUUUCCGCUUCGCCCAUCUUUCUGUGCGAGAGUUCUUGGAGACCAAGCCUGAAUACUGCAGCGAAGAGUGUAACAACUUCGCCGCAGAGGUGUGCCUUCUCAAGUUAAUCGGGGCAUGUGGAUCGCCAGAUGCAGAUCGUUUCCUUGGGCAACUCGGUCUCAGUGUGAACGCCCCCGCAACACUAUCCGAGACCGACUCCUAUAAGGAAAACAUAUAUAACUAUGCCUUGCGAAACUGGGCAGAGCACUGUGUGCACGCUGGGGAAGAGAAAAGAGCAGACGAUACGUCACGUCUUUCUCAGCUGCUCCGGUAUUUCUUGUUCGACGAUUCUGGACCAAACUGCCCAUUGAACUGUUGGGUGCGGUCACGCCAACGCCAGAAGAUGGAAAGCGUGGAAAGUGGCCACAUGCUGAAGCUAUUACGGAACUACCAUCGAUCCCAGGACCGAGGGUUCUUACUUUCGUGCGUUUUCGGCUUUAGCGAGAUUCUUCGCAUGGACCAGUACCAUGAUCUCGACGUCGACGUGAAAGAACAAUGCAUCAUGGCGACCGCAAUUCAUGGCCACUAUGAUAUUCUGCAGUUUCUGAUAGGAGAAAUGAAAGACCAGAUGCUGCAAAAGCGCGUCCUGAACGCCUUGGUCCAGAACAAUGACAUAGAGCCACUCCGAUGGUUUUUGAGUCUGGUCGAGCCUAGCCUAAUCACGGAGAGAGUUAUCGUGCGCGCAAGGCGGGCAGAUAGGGAAAUCUUCGAUAUAUUACUUGAUCAUAACAAGGAUCUUCAGAUCACGUCGGAGUUGAUUGAAAAAUGUGGUUGGUUUUAUGGGGCUAUUGAGGGACUUCUCAGUCGCGCCCCAGAUGUUGCUAUCACUCCUCAGAUACUGGUUAAUGCUAUCGGUCCUAUUGAGAUGAAGACUCUGCAAGAUAUUCUCGACAGGAAUGGUCCAUCCAUCAUCACAUGUGACGCCAUUGCAAUGCUGGGAUAUCUCGGAGAUGGAGAAGAAAAUAUGAGACUGAAAAUGGAGCUUUUGUUGAAGCGUGCUGGGCCAAUAAGAGUAACCGAGGCAGCUAUGGCGAUGGCACUAGAGCAAAACCCGAGUUGGGAGAUGGUGAAGAUGCUUCUUGAUCAUGGAUGGCCGGUCACCAAGAAUAUUCUUCAACGCACCGCCGAAUGGGGAAUGGCAGCCCCCUUUAAGCUUCUCCUCGAGGCCGGAGGCAAACUUACACCCGAAAUGAUCGCAGGUAGUGCGAAGAAUAUUUAUGACGGGAAUGCCAUGGUUAAGCUCGUUGUUUCAUUGAUGGACCGUCCGUUGGACGAUAACCUGUGGGCCCAAAUGAUGCUGCAAUGCGCUGAAAAUACAUGGGGGAAUCCAGAAACGCUCCAGGCGCUGCUUGAAAUGAGACCUGGUCUGAAGGUUCCAGAACGGAAUUUGAUUGCGUUUACGAAGAACUCGAUGAAAGGGAACAUCAUUCUGGAUAUCAUUUUCGAGGACGGCCGAGAGUUGGAGAUCACCGACGCGGUGAUAGAGAACGCAUUAAUGUUCCUGGAUUACGAUGAGACAAUCCCAAGGCUCUUGGAUCGACACAGGUUGACGGAAGUAUCAAACCAACUCCUGCUUGGCGCAGUUAAGAAUCGUCGAUUUGGUGAUGAAAUGACAAAGCUUCUACUAGAUCGAUAUACAGCGGUCGAGAUGCCAUCUCCGGAGGUAAUAGAGGCGGUUCUCCGGAACAGCCAUUCUAGCUACGAGAUUAUACAGCUGCUUGAAGCUCAAUUCGGCCACCGUGAAUUCAACGAGACAGAUGUACACAUUGCGGCCGGGACAGACAGCCUCAAAACACUGCGACUAGUUCUCGACAGAUGUUCGAUCACUGAGGCGACUCCGUCCCUUUUAGUGCAAGCCGCAUCCAGGGGAAGCCUGGCAGUAAUGAAACAUCUUCUGACGUUAAAUCACCCUGUGAUAUCCAAGGAAAUACUGAUCGAAGCAUCGGGUAAUACCCAGUGUACUACCGAUAUGCUAAAACUCCUCUGGAAACUCGCCCCCCAGGUUGAAGUGUGUCCCGAGAUGUUUAUCAACGCCGCAGAUCGGCAUUAUCGAGAGUCAACGGAUUUAGAAUUCCUGUUUGCCCGGGUGGAAGAUGCGAAAAAGUGCCAGGAAAUCUUAAAUGCCGUGAUGUCAACCACGAAGAUUAAUAAAGAUUCGGGUUAUGUUGCUAUUCUUGACCUGAUCCUGGAAAGUGGUUUCGAGGUCGAAGUGACAAACGAGCUUAUCAUGAGUGCCUUUAAUGCACGCCAUGGAUCAGUCCUGCAGACAUUCCUCGAGCACAAGGUGGAUAUCAAGUUGUCACAGGAGAUGGUGAAUAAGGCAUUAGAGCUGGAAGACCACGACGCCUUGAAAGUGUUGGUCAAGUAUGGGAACCCGCGGGAACUGGACCUGCAGGAUGCAGUGGCCGUUAUUGACAAGUUACUCCUUCAUUGA